UAUUUGGUAACUGGGUUUGAAAAACGAGAGACGCGACCGGCAGGCAGAUCCAGUCUAGUCCGCCGCGAUGAGACUCUUCUUGGCCGGCGCUGUGCUGCUGUCGGCGGCCGCUUACUACGUCUACCUGCCGCUGCCGAGCGGGGUGUGCGAGCCAUGGAAACUGAUGCUGCUGGACGCGUUGUUUAGGAGCUUCAUGCAUGCGAGCGAUGUAGCUCAUGCGCUGGGAGUGACCCAUCGUGUUCACGUGGUGAAUCAGAUAGUGUCCUUGGCGGAGGUGAUCGAGGCUUACCCCUGCCCUGCUGUGCACGUUUUCGACUCCACGCUGGGUGGCGUGUCCACACGUGUCUUCCAGCCGAAGGGCGGGAAGAAGCUGAAAAGAGGAGUCCUUUACUUUCAUGGCGGAGGAUGGGCCCACGGUAGCGGACGGAUGCGAUCCUAUGACCUUCUGUGUAGGAAAAUGGCAGAGGAUCUGGACGCUGUCGUCAUGUCUGUUGAUUACCGUCUUGCUCCAGAGGCGGUGUUCCCAGAUCAGUACCAUGAUGCACUUGCAGCGUCGAGGGCCUUCCUGUCGGCUCAGGUUUUAGAGCACUACAGCAUCGACCCAGAGAGAGUGUGUGUGUCCGGAGACAGUGCUGGGGGAAACCUGGCCGCUGCUGUGGUUCAGGAGAUGACCUCAGAUGACAGUCUGACAGUGAAGUUCAAGGCCCAGGCGUUGAUCUACCCUGUGAUGCAGGCGCUUGACUUCAACACCCCGUCCUACCAGCAGAACCAGGCCGUGCCCAUCCUCUACAGGCCAGCCAUGGUUAAUUUCUGGCUGCUGUACCUCGGUGCUGACUCCUCCCUGGAGCCACUCCUGCUCGCUAACAACCACAGCUCCCUGGACCAGCCAGCCAUCAGUGCCAGGACCCGUUCCAAGUUUGACUGGACCACUUUGCUCCCAGAUAUACGCAAGAAGCAGUUCCAGCCGGUCAUCAGAGAAACAGGAUCGCGGCGGGUGGUGGACGAGGUGCCGGCGCUGAUGGAUGUGAGGGCGGCACCACUGCUGGCAGAGCUGGAGGUUCUGGGUAGGACGCCUAAAGCAUAUGUGAUGACAUGUGAGUUUGAUGUUCUGAGGGAUGAUGGGUUGAUGUACGUCAGGCGGCUGCAGGAAGCCGGCGUCACGGUGACCAGCGAUCACUACGAGGAUGGUUUCCAUGGCUGCAUGGCGUUUGCAUUCCUCCCCAUGUUGUCCAGUGUUGGACAGAGGAGCCUGGACAACUACAUCCACUGGCUGGACCAGAAUCUGUAGACCAACCUACUCCUCCAGGGGUCUCAUUCAUAAUCAUUGCGUACGCACAAAACAGAGCCUGAAAAAAGGCGUAUGCCACCUCCCACACAAGAGUUGUGAUUUAUAAAAACAAACCUGAAGGGAGAAUGUACCCACCUGUACGUAAUCUCUAACCCAUGGAGACAGGGGAAACUGGUGACAGUUGGUGAGGCGGUGAAAUGAAACCAGACUUUUUAAUGAUUCCUCUCACACACCUCAUAUCAAACGUUAAUUAUAGAUCCAUGUUAUCCAUCUUUCAAUUUGUAAAGAUAUAAGCCAAGGGAAAUCUUAAAUCAGAGUCUGCUCAACAUUUCAUCAGUGCUGUUUCACACGGACCACAGAGGAGAGGCUCAGCUGUGGAGCAGCAAAGCAGCUGCUGAAAUUAAUAAUCAUGUUUUUUUUAAAUGAGACCCUGAAUCUUUUUGAACAGGGCUCUGUAAAAUCCAGUUGAGACAUUUUGUCACACCAAAGAUGUACUGGAGCAGGAAGUCUGGUACAUGAGAGCUUCUUGUUGGACCUACAGGGAGGAUAAAUGUCUUUAGGUACACACACAUAUCCUCCAUGUGGGGCCAGCAUAGACUACAGGUAAAAAAGAAAAGAAAAGAAUGACCUGUAAUCUAGAAGGUCACAGAUUUGCUGUCCAUCAGCAUCCAGUCUGGCUGCUCUCUGAUGGUUUGGAAAAGAGAAUAAUACUUAUAAUCUAUAUUAAAUAUAAUUUGAAUACAAAAUCCACAAACCAAUCUAGUUGUAAAUCAGAAUGACUGGAUCGAAAGCAAAGCAUUGUCACUGUGCCUUAAAACCAAAAUGUCUCACAUCAAUUGUAACCAAAGAAACAUGCGCAGAGAAACAUUUGUAUAAUUCAAAAUCCAAACAUUGGUAUACUUCAGGCUCCUGACUUUCAAAAUCUGGAAGUUUAUGCACAGGAUAAUAGAAGAAGAGUUAAAUUAGCCUUAAAACAACAUACAUCAAGUUAGGUAAAAAAUUGAAAAUGAUGAGCCUUAAUUAUAUUAACAGUCAGGCUCCUUAUCAGACUUGUGUUGGAGCUCAAAGUCGCUCAGAAACCAUCUUCAGCUUUUAUUCUUUUAUGAUGCACUGAGACACUGAAAUAGUCUCACACACACACAUACACAGACACAAAACAGGCCAGUUAAGGCUACUAUGUGUGUGUGUGUGUGAGUGUGUGUGUAUGUGUGUGUGUGUGUGUGUGUGUGUGUGUAUGCGUGUGUGUGUGUUAAAAGUAUGCCAGAGUUCACAGCUGUGUAUACUCUCUGGAUUGUGCAAUAUUGUAUGUUUGAAAGUAUCCCUCAUUUUCUCUAACUUCACCCUCUGAUGACCACUGUACUGCAGGGCGAAUGCAAUGAUGAUGAUGAUAGCUGUGAAAUUUAUGCAAGCAUUACUGUAUCACCACGAGAGAAGAGAUCCCAAAUGGACUAUCAUGUUUUCCUCCCCCAACCACCGUCAGCCCAGAGCUAAUAUAAUGAACCGACGACAGCGAGCGCCUGACAGACUCGGUUUGGCUCUCUGCCACAAAACGCAGCGAGCCAAGACUGUAGCAGAAACACUGAGCUGAGUGUGGUCGGUACAACGCUUCACAUUAUUCAAGAAAAAAUACAUUUGAAAUUGUUACACUGGCUAUCAAGAGACUGUGACUUUCUUUUCUUGAAGGGAAAUUGUUCCAGACAGCUUAUUCCCAAACAUGGAUUUCUGUAAGCAAGGCAAAUUCCAAGCAUUACCCCUCCAAACACACAUCUUGUAUACUUUUUUAGUAAAAAAGUGACUGAUUGAUAUGCAUGAAUAGUUAAAUAAGUCAUUUCUAAAUUUGAAAUGUGGAAUUUUAUAAUUAGAUGAGGUGGUAUGGAUUGUAGAGAAAGACUUUUGAAUGUUUUAAGCGCUGUGAUUCAAAUGCUGCAAGUGAAAUUAAGCAUUAAAUAGUUUUGUAAUGUACAAAUCAGGUUUUAAUAUAAGUUGGGUUACAUAACAGGUCAUUUCAGCCAAGCAAAUACACAAAACCGCUCCCAGAUGUGCUCCUACAGUGCUAAUAAAUCUUGUAAAAUAGUUUUUUUAUUAGCUGCUGUGACAACUCAAAUGGUACGCAGGGAGCAAGAUCACAAAAUUUCCUCUUAUUCUUAUGCUAUUUUUUCCCCUAUAAUGUAGUUUAUAUAGUUUUUAUAAAUGAAGAUAUUUAUCUGUCAGUGCUAAUGCAUAAGGUUUUAAAGCCAUGACAUUCUUGGGCAGUGUUUUACUGUGAUCAUGAGCACCUGUAGAGGGCAGCCUUUCAGGUGAUGAAACACACACUGGUGGCCAUAUUAGAGGUCCUUAGCUUUUAAAGGUGCAGUGUGUAGGAUUUAGUGGCAGCUAGCUCCUAUUUGCAACCAACUGAAUACCCCUAGUUUCCACCUCACCCUACGGUGGCUGUGAAACUUGCAAAACACUGUAGAAAACAUAGUAGUGUAACAUGAUGGCCUCCAUGGAAGAGGACCCACUCCCUUAUGUAGAUAUAAAGGUAACAAAUCUAUCUAAGCUCACAAAAACACAACAGUUGUUAUUUUCAGGUGAUUAUACACUAAUUAAAACACACGUAUGAAUGUUAUAUUCAAGUUCUGUCAACUUUGUCCCACUAGAUGCUGCUAAAUUCUACACACUGCACUUUUAACAUAGCUUUUUAUUAAGUAAUAAUAAGCUAAACUAAAUACAGAAAAAAUAUAUUGUCUAAUUACUUGCUUUAAUUUACAGUAGUGCAGCUAUAAAGAUGUAUAUCUCUCCAAAUUAUACAGAAAGAAAACGUUUGUUUUAGUUAUGUAUUCUUUUGAUAUUAAUAUUUUUUUGAGAAAUGCAUCCAUAUUUUUGCCUUUAUGAACAAAAGACAAUUAAUCACCAUACAUUUGACCUAGUUUAACACAGAUGUGAUAUUUUCAAUGUCAAAUGCAAGAUGUGAAAAAGACAUUUUAUAUGUGAGAAAUUCAUGUUUUGGAAAAUGUGGUUUAUUACAUGUGAAGCACUAUUUCACGUAUUGAUGAUUAAUUCAUCUAUAGACACAAGUAGAAUUUGGACAUGGUACAUACAAAUUGUAAUAUUUCAUCAGUGACAUCAGUGAAAUUAAAGCUAAAAUAUUUAGCUUCAUAUCUGUUAUUACUAAGCUAAAUGGAACCUUUUAGUUGGAAAUAUAAAAUAUGACCUAUGUGUCAUGAAAAUAAAACAAACAUAAGAGAGUUUGAAAUGUAGUUCCUCAGUAUAUUCUGUGUUGAUGUUUUGUUUAUUUCUGAGAAAGGACUAUUUUACUUUUUGUUUUUUGCUAUUUUGCAUCUUCAGUCUAUUCACCUGUAAACCUCAAACAGCACCAGAUUUGUGAUGCGGCUGCAUCAUCAUACUCAUAAUGACAUUUAAUUUAGUCUAUUUUUUGCUAUAAUUACUAAUGUAGUGGGUUUCAAAUAAUUACUACCUGUAAUGUUAAGGGUUUGAGGGUAAAGUUUUAAAUUUAAAUCACUCAGACGGUCCAUUACGUUAUUAUCUGCACACAAUGUAAAAUGUUCACAUCUUAUUAUUUUUCAAUUUAUUUAUGAAAAAUACAACAACAUAUGAUUUGUUUUUUUUUCUUGUUUUUUGUGAACUCACUAUUCACACACAUUUCUUUUAAGGGAAUAAACGUGUUAAUAUAC